UUUUGCGAUGACAACCAUAAAUAUUCCGAACGGCCCUAACAUUCCAUCGGUUGUAAAUAACAAACUUAAAAAUGUUUGAUGUUGCAUUAAAAUCUGCUGGUGCCCAGGUUGUGUUAGCAACAUCUAGUGAUGACAAAUACCCUCCUGAAAAUAUCAUAGACGGGGAUCAAGAAACAUUCUGGACAACAACAGGGUUAUUUCCACAGGAAUUUGUUAUAAAAUUCACAUCAAUGAUGAACAUGUCAAAGGUAGAAUUAGCUUCAUGUAAUGUUAGACGGUUGAUUUUGGAGAAAAGUACAGACAGCGAACCAUUAAAUUUUGAACCAAUAAAAGAAAUAGAGAUGAAUUCUCAUGAUGGGCAACUACAGUCAGAAGAAAUAAAUCUAGGCAAUAUACAGGCACAACAUUUACGUGUUGUAAUAGAUUCAGCCUAUGACCAUUUUGCAGCUGUUUAUAGACUAAAUGUAGACGGAACUGCAGCACAUUGAUAUGAAUUUCUCAUUUUGAACUUUAACAUUCCGUCCAUGAUGUAAUAUUUAUGUGUACAUAAAAAAAUUUAUUAUAUAUUUA